CUCCUAGGAAAUUUUAUCGCAUCCUGUAACUGGAUCUCUGGGUGAUAUAUAUUUAGACAUGGUAGCUACGGCGUAUGAUGCAAAGACGCUUCUCAAGGUCGCUCUAAUAAAACAUCCUCACUUUCCGUCAUCUGCGGAUCCGACCAAAACUCUUUCAUGUGUCCCCCGCCCUCCCUCCUUGUCUCCAAAUUUGCGAACACGACAAAGUUUCGAAGACGCAUGCACCAUCAGGCCUGAAUCAUCUGCACCACCCCCCGGUGGAACUUUUUAUCUUCAGGAGCGACUUCGAUGCGUACCAGAUUCGGCCGGAAAUCUGCAAAGGCCGAUUUCCGAUACGUCGCAUCCUCCCGGGGCUUGUGACGUAGUACAGAUAGUUCACGAGACUUAUUGGUCGUAUUUUAAACGGAGUAAGUCUACUGGUGCAUUGGCAAAACACGGAAACCGUUUAUUUCGAUUUACCCUGCCGGACAGUGGACUUGAACCGGCGUUGCGACAAGCGACUGCAGCUGAUCCGACAAGUGGUUUAGGAAAAAGUUGA